AUGCUUGAUCGGACGGUCGUUUCGUGGAAUAGUAUGAUCACUGCGUAUGCCCAAGACGGGCAUGCUGGGGAAUCUAAGAGGAUUUUCGAAAGAAUGCCUUUCUGGGCUGAAGUGUCGUGGACUACUGUCAUGACAGCAUAUGCCCAAGAUGGGGAUUUGCUAGAAGCGAUGAGUUUCUUUCAGCGAAUGCCACACAGGGAUGUGGUCGCCUGGACGACCAUGAUACGAGCUCAUGCUCUUAAGGGCCUUUACAGGGAUGCGCUGGUUUUGUUUCGGAGGAUGAACAGCGAGGGACUCAGACCGGACAAAGUUACGCUGCUCACGAUUCUUGAGUCGUGUGACAGUCGGCUGGAUGGAGCGGGGAUUCACGCUUGCAUCGCCGAGCUUGGGUUACAAACCGAUGUAGCGGUAGGGACAGCGCUCAUCAACAUGUAUGGGAGGUGUGGGUGCUUAGAGACUGCUCGGAGUAUAUUUGUGAAGAUCGAAGAGAAGGAUGUGGUGGCCUGGACCGCGAUGCUCAAUGCUUACGCUGAUAACGGGCACUUGAGGAUCGCGGAGCUUAUGCUGGAGAGGAUGCCGCUCAAGAACUCGGUGUCUUUCAACGUGGUGAUCACUGCUUUUGCUCGAAACGGCUACUUGUCCGAGGCCAGGGAGAUAUUUGACAGGGUGACGGACAGGGACGCUGUGACUUGGACGACUUUGAUCACGGCGUAUGCUCAGCAGGGCCAGUGUAAGAAAUCUCUCGAGCUCUUUCGGCUGAUGGUGGUGGAGGGAGAACUUAUGGAUAGAAUCACGCUGGUGUCGAUGCUCCACGUCUGUGCGGUUCUAGCGGUUUCGAGUGUUGGAGUGGCGAUUCAUGACUUUGUAGUCGGUGCAAAGAUGGCGAUCGAUGCUACUCUCGGCACUGCUCUCAUGAACAUGUAUGGAAAGUGUGGAAGCAUUGAGCGAGCUCGCAGCCAGUUCGAUUCAACCCAGCAGAAAGACAUCGUUUUCUGGAACUCCAUGAUCGCGCUCUACGGUCAGAAUGGUCACGGGAGAGAAGCUCUAGACCUUUUCAGAGACAUGGUUCACGAUGGCAUGGAGUGUAGCGACACAACAUUAGGGAGUGUUCUCUCCGCGUGCAGCCACUCCGGCCUACAGAGACAGGGCCGAGAUUUUUUCCUGGCAGUGGAGCAAGACUAUGGAGUUUCUCCCACGAUCGAGCACUACAUUUGCAUCAUCGAUCUUCUGGCGAGAGGUGGACGAGCGUCGGCUGCUCGCGAGCUGAUUGACAGCAUGCCCUUUGAGCCUCAUGCUGCGGCUUGGACGACGUUUCUAGCCGCCUGUAAAGCUCAAGGCAAAGCCGGGGAAGCAGCAGUAAAGACCUCAGUGGAAGAGCUCUCCAGCAAAGUUGGAGACGUUUUUCUUCUCGUUGGCGAUUCCAGUACAAGUGCUGCUGCCGUCGCUGCUGGAUGA